UUUGGGUAUAGAGUCGUCAGAGGAAGGAAGAAGAAAGAAAAAAGUUAAUAAGUGUUAAAGUUCAACAAAAGUCCAAACGACAAAGUUAAAUUAUUGCCAUAGUUCACCAGGGAACUGCCUGAAAUGGAAAGCUAGAGAUGAAGUGAUUUAUGCUCUGCUUGAAAGAUCUGCUUUGACAUAGAAUAUCGCUUUCUAGACAAACUGAAGCUUACUGAGCGGCAACGCGACAGGCACACAACAGCUCUCCAGCAUGGUUCACAUUAAGGAUGGAUUAUCUUUUAAAUCUCUUCUCAGUGUUUUCCAACACAUUGUUGUCUUCCUUCUCCUGACACACUUUUGUGGAGGUCAGUCGCAGGAGAUUCGUCCACCUCAGCCAGUCAUGGUAAUGGUCGGUGAUGACAUUGUUCUGCCAUGUCGGCUGGAACCUGCCAGGGAUGCUGUUUCCAUGACAAUAGAGUGGGGGAGACCUGACCUGAACCCCAGAUUUGUCUACGUGUGGCAUGAUGGUCAGGAACUUCUGGUUGACCAAAACAAGGCCUACAAGGGAAGAGCAUCAUUGUCCAUGAACAAACUGAAGUUUGGAGACCUUUCACUGAAACUCUCCAAAGUGAACGUCUCUGAUAACGGGACAUACAGAUGCUACAUUCCAAAACUGAAGAAAGAAUAUUUUGUUCAACUUCUUGUUGGUGCUGUCUCCUCACCUGCUAUCAGCUUAGUGGGCAUCCAUGAGGUCAGCAGUGGGGUGAUUUUACAGUGUGAGUCUGCAGGCUGGUAUCCAGAGCCUGAGGUGUUCUGGCUGGACGGUGAGGGAAAGCUCGUCUCUGCUGGAUCUACAGAGACCGUCAGAGGUCCUAAUGACCUCUAUACUGUCAGCAGCAGAGUAACUGUGGAGAAGAGACACAGCAACAGCUUCAUCUGUAGAGUCCAACAGCAGAACAUCAACCAGACCAGAGAGACACACAUCCAUGUUCCAGAUGAUUUCUUCAUGGCCCCAUCUAGUUGUACUGCUUCUACUGCCAUCAGCGUGUUGUUUGGCUUCAUGUUUAUUCUCACAGUCGUCCUUUUUGUCUGGAAACUGAGACAAAACAAAAGCGAGAGGAAGAUGCGCCACAAGAAUGAAAAUAAAGAGAGAGAGGGAGAAAGAAGCAAAGAGCAGCUCUUGACAGAAAGCAACUUGGAAAAGAUAAGAAAAGAUAAGCUAAGACUUAAUGAGGAGUUACAGAAGACAGAGGAAGAACAGAAAGACAUGAUGCAGGUUAUUGAGGCACUGAAGGGACUGACGAGGGAAAUGGAGAAGCAGAAAGAGAAACUCACCGUCCAAGCAGAGGCAGCAAAGAGACUGGCAGAGGAGAAUACAAAGAAGCUUGAUUCAGUGGAGAAAGAAGUUUCAGAGAAGGAGGGAGAUAAGACAGCUAUCAAAGCACAGGGAUACCUCAAACUCAGAGAAAUCAUCACACAGACCAGCUGGAACCUGGAGGAGAGAAAGACAGAACAUCAACAGCUGCAGUUCAACACAGACAAACUAAUGAAGAAGACAUAUGAUAACAUUAACAGAAUCACAGAAAGGAAGAACAAAGUAGAGAACCACAUGGAGCAAAUAAAGAAACAAAUGGAGGAGAUAGAGAGACAGAGAGAGGUCAAAGAAAAGAGGGAAGAACUAUGACAAAACAAAACAAGAUCAUGUUACUCACUCUUGAUGUCUACACUUUAAUGAAAGUGGCUUUAAUAUAAAUAAUGUAUCAAAGGACUAUGUGAAAACAAUUUGACAAUAUGAAAGAGGUAAUGACGAACCAUGCACACAUGACAAAACCACACUUUAAGCGCUGCUGUUGGUUGCAAACUGGAUUUGAAAUGAAUUUAUUUCAUGCUGGAAAGGCUGUCGGAGUCCAAACCCUCCUGCCACAACAGAUCAGCACAGACAAAUGACUACAGGGCACUAUACGAACAUCACAGGAAACAAUCUGGACAGUUUGCGCUGUUCACAAUAAUUAAAAUAUAGAUAUUGUAGUCGACAGGCACCAGGAGAGGAGCAUCCAAUAAGCCUUCUAAACACACACAAGUUUGCUUUCUUCCCAUUUGGGGGAAGUGCUUCAUCGACCUUGACGAUGGGACUUAGGCCUUUAUAAAAUCGCAGCUAUACAUGCAAACAGGAGAAACAUUGGCAGUUAAUGUUUUGUGGUUUUACUGCAGCUGUUAGUUCAGUUACAUUUAUUGACAUUAGUUUGUAUCUUUGGAUGUUUCCUGUUUGUUUUUUGUGCUUUUCAACAUAGAUAUGUUAUUUUGUUUCAUUUAAUUACUAAAUGUUGUUUCUGUUUUAAUAUAGACACACUUGCCUGCUUUUUAUCUCAUGUCUUCAGUGUGACAUUGGUUAAUUACUCACUCAUUGUGUGUGUGCAUUUGAACAGUUAAAGCCAAUAGUUUGCUGUAGUGUAAAUACAACAGAUGUACUGUAUGACUGAACAGAUACAUUUUGCUGUUUCAGAUUGUCUGUACAUUCACAUUGUACUUUACGAUACUCAAAUAAAAAUACUUAUUUGUAAA